GCGUCGGGCCCCUAGGCAAGCUUCAUAACAUUGCCGUGUUCAUCCGCAAUUCCACGAUUCACAACGAUGCGUGGGACGACAUUGCGGGAAAGGCACUGGGAAUUGACAAUAUUACGUGGUGGAACUCAUGGUUCAGGCUGCUUGACGCAGCCAUUCGCCAAGAAGGCGCAAUGUCCAUCUUCCUCAACCAGUACCACAAGGAACUGGAGGACGACAUCCUCACCCAUGACGACUGGCAAAUACUCAAAAUGACCCAUGAGUUCUUACAACCGUUUUACCAGGCGACUUUGGAGCAGCAAAUGGAGUGGGCAUCAAUAGACCAGGUGCUGGAGAACAUGGAUAUUCUGUUCAAGCAAUUUGAGGAUGCCAAGCUCAAGUAUAUUGACAACAGACACAUGGUCAACUCCAUCCACAUGGGUUGGUGGGUCCUCUCGAAGUAUUACCGGGAAAGUGACAAGAAUCCAAUAUACGGACCUGUAGCUGCUGCACGGCAACUGUGGGCAAAGUACAAGGACCGGCCGCUUGCGCCGAUACCUUCGACGCAGCCGGAUGAUGAGCGACGAGAGAUAUCGCCGUACGAGCGAAUCAAGCAAUCAAUGAGUGUAUUGGAUGAGCCCGGCGACGAGGAUGAAUUCGAAAAAUUCAUCAAGUCUCCAUGA